AUGUGCAAUUUAAAUUACAGACUUAAAGAAGAAGAGCGGCUAGAUGGUUUAGCCCAAGAUACUUUGGACAGUUUAUUGUAGAAUCCUAUUGCCCUAAAUAUAUUAAACAUCCAAACCAGAUAAAACCACUUUUAACAAUUAGAGUUUGAUUAACCAGAUGUGAGCCUUGAUUCAAGAUAAUGUAAAGGAUACAGAUUUUAACUUGAAAUAAUGGCAUAAAUUGAGUGGAAAACUGCUACAAUGUACAUAACCUUUAUUUAGAAUUUUUAUUUUUGUUACAGAUUCUUUGUGGAAAGAAUGUCAAAGCGUGAGCCAGACCUUAACUCGGGUAAGUAUUAUGAUUAUGGGGGAAGAACAGUAGAUCAGAAUGCAAGGAAAAUGGUGAAUAGGUACUAAACACAGAGACUACAGUGAUUUGUUGCCUAUUUAACAUGAAUCUUUGAUUUUUCCUUAGAAUCACUCUGUGGCUUUAUACAUAAUUUAAGCCCUGUAAAACGCUCAAAGAGAACGGAUUGGUUUGAGUUUCAUCUGCAAACAAGUCCUUCCAAAGUACAGCGAGUAGUUGGAUUUAAUAUCCCAAGCCACUCAACCUUCAGUGGACAUAACAAAUCAAAAACCCCUGUGCUGCUGUCAAAUACUAAGAAGAAUGAUUCGAACAAGGACAUUAUCUUCAACCAACAGUCAAUUGUAAGGUCUGCACCAGCGUUCGACAUUGACUUUGAUUAUUCUCCAGACAUUGCUGCAUCUGAGUCAUCCUCCUCUUCAGUGCAACCUGCUACUACGAUCACUCUGGAACAGGUACCAACUCUAAAGAUAAACCAGAAGGUCAACGUCACAGCAACGAUUUCAUUGGGCAGUGAACAACCUAAGCGGUUGAAGUGA